UUCUAGGCGGGAGAGAAGACGAACAUGGCAGCGCGUUGGUGGCGUUGGUGUGUCUUUGCAAUCAUGGCGGUGGCACUGCUGCUUGUUUUCGGGGUUCCCUCAGCCUCUGCCCAGAGAAAGAAGGAGAUGGUGUUGUCUGAAAAGGUUAGUCAACUGAUGGAAUGGACCAAUAAAAGGCCUGUAAUAAGAAUGAAUGGAGACAAGUUCCGUCGCCUUGUUAAAGCCCCACCGCGAAACUACUCCGUUAUUGUCAUGUUCACUGCUCUCCAACUUCAUAGACAGUGUGUCGUGUGCAAGCAAGCUGAUGAAGAAUUCCAGAUCCUUGCAAACUCCUGGCGAUAUUCCAGUGCAUUUACCAACAGGAUAUUUUUUGCUAUGGUGGAUUUUGAUGAAGGCUCUGAUGUAUUUCAGAUGCUAAACAUGAAUUCAGCUCCAACUUUCAUCAACUUUCCUGCAAAAGGGAAGCCCAAGCGGGGUGAUACAUAUGAGUUGCAGGUGCGUGGAUUUUCAGCUGAGCAGAUUGCCCGGUGGAUUGCUGACAGAACUGAUGUCAAUAUUAGAGUAAUUAGACCCCCAAAUUACGCUGGUCCCCUUAUGUUGGGAUUGCUUUUGGCUGUUAUUGGUGGACUUGUGUAUCUUCGAAGGAGCAAUAUGGAAUUUCUCUUUAAUAAAACUGGAUGGGCUUUUGCUGCUCUGUGUUUUGUGCUUGCUAUGACAUCUGGUCAAAUGUGGAACCAUAUAAGAGGACCACCGUAUGCUCAUAAGAAUCCCCACACAGGACAUGUGAAUUAUAUCCAUGGAAGCAGCCAAGCUCAAUUUGUAGCUGAAACACACAUUGUUCUUCUGUUCAAUGGUGGGGUUACCUUAGGGAUGGUGCUUUUAUGUGAAGCUGCUACAUCUGACAUGGAUAUUGGAAAGCGAAAGAUAAUGUGUGUGGCUGGUAUUGGACUUGUUGUAUUAUUCUUCAGUUGGAUGCUCUCUAUUUUCAGAUCUAAGUAUCACGGAUAUCCAUAUAGCUUUCUGAUGAGUUAAAAAGGAUUCCAGAAAUACGUAGACACUGGAGUAAUGGAAAUUGAAAAAUGAAAAAUAUGUGUGUGAAAAGAAGAAUGCAAUUUAUGUAUUUUGGAUUACCUCUU